CCUUGGCUCUGAAGAUUGGUUCGGCCGCCAAACAGUUAGCAUCGAGAUAUAUUCUGAAGAAACCAAGCCACACUACAGACAUAGCCUUCAGAGUUUCAGAGACGCAGCGGCAGGCUUCACCGGCUCGCCAUGGGGAGGUCUUCCUCCACGGAGAAGCUGGUGUGCGUGGUGGUGGCGGUGCUGGCCGUGCUGUCACCGCUGUACAUCGACCGGAGGCCGGCGGCGGAGAGCGAUGAUGAUGAGGAGGAGGGCGGCGGGUCGGCGCUGUGGCUGCCGGCGCUGCUGGUGACGCUCAUCCUGGCCAUCAACGUGACGUGCUUCAUGGACCGGCGCGUCGUCAGGUUCGACCCCUACUGGAUCCACCGCGUGUGGGGGUCCUCCGGCGGCCUCCUGGCCAUGCUCAUGCUGCUCGGCUUCGUGCUCAAGUGUAAGGCCUCCCUGUUCAGCAGCUAGCUCAUCGGUCGCCGCCGCCGUGGUCUCUCGCUCGGGGUUUUUUUUUGUUCGGAGGGGUGCGUCAGGAUCGGAACCGCAUGCUGUGCCACACAAGUGUAUCCGUGAUCUUGGCUCCUGAGCAAGUCAUGUAUUGGCCUUUGUUCGGGCUCUACAUACGCAUGUAAAAAUUUGCUUCUGCUACGCUCUCUCUUGAAAAGAAGUGCGUAACCUGAGAUGAUUAUGAUGUUACCAA